AUGGCACUCGUACGGAUACGGAAGAAUGCUCCUCGGCGUCCCUGUAUUUUUAUUGCGUACGAUAUAGGAGGGAUCAUUCUCAAAUCGGCUCUAGUCCUCUGUCAUAAUCAAAACCUGGAUUCUAAUGGUGAACUCAGGGAUAUCUUAGUAUCGACCUAUGGGGUCCUAUUCUUUGGGACUCCACACUUCGGUCUCGAAGGCAUCACAUUCCACGAAGCAAUGAACCGCGUGGUCUCGGUGUAUUUGGAGACGACAGACAUUAUCCUCAAAAAUAUUCGGCCUAAUUCGACGGAGCUUGAGGACAUACAACGUCUAUAUGUCGCGGCAAGUGAAAAGAUUAACAGCAUAUUCUUCUGUGAAGGGUAUGCAACGUCGGGCAUCAAGAACAAAGGAGAACCAAACGUACCAUAUCAUUCAGGUGUCAUUGUAGGCGACCGCAACGCGACCAGAGUUGUCCUUCAUGCGAAUCACCGCGAUCUGGUCCGAUUCUCAUCGAAGGAGAGUGAAAACUAUAAGAUGGUUCACUUCCAUCUCAGAGACUACGUCGACAAUGCACCUGCGGCAGUGCUUAAGAAAUGGAUCAAAGAGGACGGACUUCGCAAUGGGGCGAAAGGAGAAUCUGAAGAGGUUAUGCUGCCGAAAGCUCGUCCACCGCUCUCAAGAAGUUACGUCGAACGAAGGAGAAUCGAGUCCCUUAUUACCCAGAAAUUACUUCCGGAGAGUCGCGGGAAGCAUCAACCGCGGUGUAUACUACAUGGAAUCGGAGGGUCAGGAAAAACCCAGCUCGCAAUAAACUGGAUUCAGGAGCACGAAAGCAGUUUUAAUCGAGUGAUCGUCGUUGACGCUUCCAGUCAAACACAGUUGGAGGCGGAUUUGGAGCGAUCAAUUCGGUCGUUAGGCCCAGAAUAUAGCAGGAUGACGUGGAAGGAUGCAGUCGCAUAUCUAGAUGGCAAAGAGAAACGCUGGCUGCUAUUUUUCGACAACGCCGAUUCGCCAGAACUCGAGCUCCAUCCAUACCUUCCCAGCUCCAUUCACGGAGCAAUUCUCAUCACUACGAGAAACAGUGAUCCAUCAAAAGAGGGUGAAGCAGUAACUCUUCUCCAUACGACUGCCAAUGUCGCACCUACAUCUGAUGCCCACUCUGUCGAGAUUGUUCAAGAGCUGGGGUUGUUGGCGCUCGCAAUUAGUCAAGCAGGCGUGUUCAUUCGCCGUACGCGGCGACUCGAUACGUACCUGGACACCUUUAGUCGGCAUCGGAAUCGACUUUUGCGCAGGCAGCUAGAUCUUGGCACAGAUUACACAGCGUCAACAUAUACCGCAUUCGACUUGUCCUUUGACAUUUUACCGGCAAGAACACAGGAGUUCCUGAAGCUAUGUGCAUUCCUUCACCACUCGCAAAUCCCGAUAGACAUGUUUGAACGGUCAUCACGCCUCGGAUUUAGUACAUACACAGUCCGGGAAAACCUUCCCCCACCGGAGAGUGACAAAGCCUUCAUUUUGGACCUCCAGGGGGUCCUGGACUCCACGUGGGAUGAGGUUACAUUCCAAGACAUCAUCGACUCCGCUUCACAAGCGUCGUACAUCAACGUUUCGACCGACGGUUUAUUCUACACGGUUCAUCCGCUCCUUCAGACGUAUAUCAAGGAUCGUCUUGGCGAAGAGGAGAAUCGACACUAUAUGCGGACGACACGACAACUCCUACUGGGUGCUAUUCGCCCUUUCGAGGAUAGCAAUGUGCGGUUCUGGCAACUGCUUCCUCACGUUGACAGCAUCCCUCGGUCGAUGCAAUCGGAGAAUGUGGCACACGCAUUGGCGUUUUGUGAGCUCUACAAGUCUUUGGGGAACUGGAAGGCGUGUCAAGAGUUGUUGGAGCCCGCGGUUUCUCAACUCGAUCGAACUGUCGAAGGCAAGGCGGAUGAAGACUCGCUAUAUGUCAUGAGUCAACUAGCGGAUGCGCUCCAGCGUGAUAGUCAAUGGAACGAAGCGGAAAAAUUGAGGAGAGAGAUACUCACUUUGCGACUCGAGAUGUGUGGACAACGUCAUCCAGACAGCAUCUCGGCAAUGAGCAAUCUCGCAGAAACAUUGUCAAGGUGUGGUCGGCUGGAGGAGGCGGAGAAGAUGGAACGAGAGGUCCUCGCUUUUCGACUUGAGACCUCCGGGCCAAGGCACCUAGAUACUGUUUCGGCAACCAAGAGCCUCGCUGCUACAUUGUGGAGGCGUCGCCAGUUCAAGGAAGCCGAGCAGAUGGGCAGAGAGGUACUCGCUUUGCGGUUCGAGAUCCUUGGGAAGCGGCAUCCCGAAACGAUCUCGGCCAUCAACAGCCUAGCCGUUAUACUGUAUAGCCGUGGUCAGUUGGACGAGGCUGAAAAGCUGGAGCGAGAGGUACUGGAUUUGCGGUUAGAGAUACUUGGUAAACGACAUCCAGAUACUAUCUCAGCGCUAGAUAACCUUGCGAUUACACUCUCUGAUCUCGGCCAGUUUGACAAAGCUGAAAAGAUGGGGAGAGAGGUACUUGCUUCUCGGCUCGAGCUUCUUGGAGGACGGCAUCUAGAUACUAUCUCGGCGAUGCAUAACCUUGCCGUUACACUGGAGAAGCGUGGUCAGUUGGACGAGGCAGAAAAGCUGGAGCGAGAUGUACUCGCGUUGCGGCUCGAGAUCCUUGGAAAACGACACCUGGAAACCAUAUUGGCAAUGGGAAACCUUGCCGUUACACUGGGGGAGCGUGGCCAACUGGAGGAAGCCGAAAAGAUGAGGCGGGAGGUACUUGCUUUGCAGCUUGAGACUCACGGACAGCGUCAUCUGGAUACCAUAUCGGCGAUGAGCAGCCUUGCCGUUACACUCUAUGACCGUGGUCAGUUGGACGAGGCAGAAAAGCUGGAGCGAGAUGUACUCACUUUACGGCUCGAGAUCCUUGGAAAACGACACCUGGAUACCAUAUCGGCAAUGGGAAACCUUGCCGUUACACUGGAGAAGCGUGGCCAACUGGAGGAAACCGAAAAGCUGGAGCGAGAUGUACUCGCGGUGCGGCUCGAGAUCCUUGGAAAACGACACCUGGAUACCAUAUCGGCAAUGGGAAACCUUGCCAUUACACUGGAGAAGCGUGGCCAACUGGAGGAAGCCGAAAAGAUGAGGCGGGAGGUACUUGCUUUGCAGCUUGAGACUCACGGACAGCGUCAUCUGGAUACCAUCUCGGCGAUGAGCAGCCUUGCCGUUACACUCUAUAACCGUGGUCAGUUGGACGAGGCAGAAAAGCUGGAGCGAGAUGUACUCGCGGUGCGGCUCGAGAUCCUUGGAAAACGACACCUGGAUACCAUAUCGGCAAUGGGAAACCUUGCCGUUACACUGGGGAAGCGUGGUCAGUUGGACGAGGCAGAAAAGCUGGGGCGAGAUGUACUCGCGGUGCAGCUCGAGAUCCUUGGAGAACGACACCUGGAUACCAUAUCGGCAAUGGAAAACCUUGCCGUUACACUGGGGGAAGCGUGGCCAACUGGAGGAAGCCGAAAAGAUGAGGCGGGAGGUACUUGCUUUGCAGCUUGA